UGCGUGCGGUGGGCAGGGCCGGGUGGGGCUCAGUCAGACAGAAGCGGGCGUCGCCUCUCGGAGCUCCGUGGGCAGCUGGGUGCGCGGCGAUGGCUGGGCCCGGGGCGUGGGGCCGGAUCCACUUACUGCUCCUCAGCGUCAGCUCCUGGUCCUUGAUAUCAGCGCAGGAUACAAAAAACAUUCAAGUGCCUGAGAACGACCCAAUUGAAAUACCCUGUGCUGCGUACGCAUCGCAAAGCGGAACAGCCAGGGUCGAGUGGAAGUUUGAAAAGGGCUCUUCAAUAGUGCUGAUCUAUUAUGAUGCAAAAGUCACAGACCCCUACAAAGACCGUGUUACGUACACACCCACGGGGAUUCGUUUCAGUUCGGUGACUCGGAAGGACACGGGGAAGUACAUCUGUGAGGUCCUCUGGGGCACUGGCCAACUGAGCAAGUCAGAAGUUAACCUCAUCGUCCAAGUGCCACCCUCCAAGCCCGUUGCCAAGGUGCCCACCUCGGUGACCAUCGGCAACAAAGCUGUGCUGACGUGCACGGAAACAGAUGGCUCUCCGCCCCCUACCUUCCAGUGGUACAGGGACAACAUCCUGAUGCCCUCCAAUCCCAAGACCAGUGAGAAAUUCAGGAACUCCUCCUACACGAUCGACACCAAGACAGGAGUGCUGACGAUUGAGCCCGUAACCAGCUUCGACACGGGGGAUUAUUUUUGCGAGGCUCAGAACAACGUUGGGACUGCUCAGAAAUCUGAAGCCAUCCACUUGGAAGCCACUGAAGUCAACGUGGGCGGUAUUGUGGCAGCUGUGGUCGUGCUGCUAAUCGUGCUGGCACUGGUUGCCUUCGGCAUCUGGUUCGCCUACAGUCGUGGCUUUUUCAGCAAGAGAAGAGACAGCACCAAUAAGCAAGUUAUCUACAGCCAGCCGUCCAACCGGAGUGAUGGAGAAUUCAAACAGACCUCGUCCUUCCUGGUGUGACAUUGGCCCCGGAUCGGCUCCCCCUCUCCUGCCGGCGUCCUGCCCCUUGCCCUAUGAACUGCUGUAAAUGUUCUGUGUGAAUUACUGUAACUCACUGCGAUUUUAACUAUUUUUUUUUUUAAAGUUUCACCUAGUGCCUUUUUAGUCAUGUUCUAGACUCUCCUUGUCCCAUCGAGUCGUGGGGCUGGAGUCUUGCCCGCUGCGCGACAGGUGACUUCGCAUAAGCCAAUCGUAUUUUCCUAAGAGCGACAGACAACGAACCCAGCCGCUGAACACACCCAGCAGAGGGGCUCCCCUGCCACUUGCUGGCAUUGCAGAUUGCUCGCCCUGCUUUGGGGAUGUCCGCUAGCACCGGGCUUCCCCAAGGAGAGUGAAAUUCAGCCAGUGCGGCAGGCCAGCGUGAGGCCUUUGCAGCACCGUAGUGCCACUUAAGCCUGUCGGAGGGUUUUAUGCUGCCAGAAGUGGCAGGCUGGGGAGCCCUGGUUAUGCUAAAGCACUGAAUGUAGGGAACGCAAGUAUGUUUUCUGUGACUGUAGAAGAUUGUUGCAUGGUGUCCCCACCGUCACUGCUGUACUAGUGUGUCAGGAUGUCAGCUUUGUGGUGUCUGAACAGGUUGAAUGCUACAUCUCCCUGGAGCAGGAGGUGAUUGGUGAGAAGGGAUUGGGGCAUAGCAACGAGAUCUAAGGGGACUUGCCCACCUCUCCCUUGGCCUGUGUUUUGGGUGUGAGGCAGCAGAGAGAAAAUCCAGUCCAGAAGAAAUUGAGAAUGUCUUCCCACUGAUUUACGGCCCUGCUUGAGCUCUGUUUCAGCCCAGUUUGGCAGGGCCAGGAGAGCCUUCCAGAACAGCUUGGUUCUGUCUGGCAUUUUUGGGCCAAACCUUGAUUGAAACCAGAUUGGCUGGCACAGCAUGGAGACGGAGUUCACACCCUGCCGUGGGCCAUAUCCGAAAGGUGCAGGGGGCCGCGGUGAGACCUGGCGAUGCUCUGCAGGUUCUUGCUGUUCAGAGCUGUGGGGUGGAUUUGGCUUUCUCGAGGGAGAAGUUCUGGGCCCUUCCUCAAGGCAGGUGCUUGUAAAGGCUUGGCAUUGAGUCGCCUUGUGCUGCUUCACCCUGCACUCCCCAGCGCGACGCCGGUGCACCCAACCCUGGCUGGUGUGGCCGAGCGGCUGCUCCUGCUUGGGAAGGAAGAUGCAAUCAGCUUUCACGUUGUUAGUUCUUGGGUCACGCUUUGCAUGGAAGAUGCUCUACGGGGCAAACAGCUGUUCGGCUGGUGACUGGGUGAGACGGCUAAAGGUGUGUAGGUGCCUUGUUAUAACCACUUACAUUAAGACCCUGUGGUGGGAAGGGGCCUUAGUGCAAAUGAGACUCAGACCUGUAGGGCUGAAUGGGAAGAAGGUGAGUGGCUAGAUCCCUGAGCACUCAGCCUUUAAAUGCCUGUUGUAGGUGCCUCCUGAGCACUGAGCUAGGCAGAUACCCUGACGUAGGCUCUGUAGGUGUAACAGACGUCCUGACGAUAUUGGGAUUGGCCCGGUAUUAGGGGCUUUGUCUUACAUACGCAACUACAUCCUCUGCUGUCCAUCCAUUCUCUCCCCCCCCAGGGGAAAAAAGUGUCCCAAUUUUUCCCGUAUCUGGUCACCCCAACCUCAGUAUGAAUGGCAGGAGUUUCGAACCGCCACACAUCUGGAUCCAUUGAGAAAUACGUGUAGAGGACGAGCCUGUUGCAGUGACAAAGCUGCCGUCUGCAGGGGGCAGGAAAGGGGCUGCUUCCAGGCUGCGGUAGAUGGUGCCUCGUCUGUGGAAUCUGUAUUGUUCUCUCGCGGGGCUUCAAAGCAGACUGGAUUGGUUACCGGGAAUAAUGGCGGCUGGAAUCAAAUCCUUCACUUUGUUGUCCUUAGUUGUGCGUAACUACCAUGGCAAGAGCUCUCCAGGAGGCCAGACUCCUCUCCCAACAGCUGGACAGAUUUAACUGUCGGCUGCUUUUUAUUACAGUUCAGCAAGAGAAACCUUACCAGACCUUAACUUGAAAGCCUGAGACACUGUAAUAGUCACUUUUUAAACCGCUUUAAAUACUUGUGUAAUUUUAUCUAUUUGUAACUGGAAAUAAACCCUUUGAUUUGA